AUGAGGUACUUGAUGAAACAGCCAAGCGACUGGGAAAAUAAAAAGCUUCCUUUUUUCAAGUAAGUUUUUUGUUGAAUCGCUUGCUUAAAUAAACAUCCCGAAAAACCUCGCAAAACCAUGCAUCUUUAACAUUGAAAACAGGCGGCCAGUUUGUUUCCUGCUGUAGAAAUGUUUAUGAUCUAAAUUCAGCUUUAAAAAAAACGGCAAAUGAUUGAAAGUUUUUAGAAUCACGGUUACGGCAAAAACGAAAACUAACACAGAGCAUUUACAGCAGUUAAUUGCGAUGCAAAGUUCUAAACUAGGCUUGUGAAAGCGCUAACAUUUGUUUCUUGAAAGUAUUUGCAAGGGGGAUACCUUUCCUGUCAAACAUGGCAUAUAAAAAGAGUAAAGAGGUCGGACCUUACAGCGGAGCCUCUCCGUAUAGGGCAGGACUCUUAAAUCUCUCUAUUAUGAUUUAACAGGAUUGUGGGUGAUAACAUCGACCUAAACAUCAGUGCACGAAUCCAAACAAAAGAGCACUGUAACCGCUCUCUGCAUUGGACACAUCAAUUUGCUGUUGUUGACAGAGCAUCGGAUCCUUCUUUGGAGACUUUCAAGAAGCAGAAGUCAUUAAAGGACCUCCAGUACAUUGAGCUUCUGCCUGAUCCAGCUGUCCAAGAAAACUUCAUUUGGCAGUGGGCUGUACUUGUGAGCCGAGUUGUGACAAAAUAUCUGCCACCCUUCAAGGUGUUCCGGAAAAAUGUGAUUUUUCACAUUCCACAUAAAUAUUCAACAGAAAUGACAACAAAAUCGGAAACAGUAAGUCCUUUAAUGUACCAUCCCUUUCCCGACGCCGGGGGAGGGGGGGUACUGGCAUAAAAGGGCUAUGCGUCCUUCUGUGGAGGGUAUGGUUAUCUAUCUACUCUGGGAAAGGGUAGCAAAAUGCAGGUGAACUAGCUCAGGUAUAGGCUAAGGGUUCCAGGGUCCCAGAGGCACCCGGCAUCCCCACCUCAAAAUUCCAAAGUACCCCCAAGAUCUGAUAAAACAAAAAUAAAAUUUUAAAUUUUUAUUAUAAUGUAUUGAUUAUGAUUAAAAUUAUAAUUUGGAUCUUACUGUUUAAGGAAUCCAAUGUUUAUGGUCUUUUAAAGUCCAGGACAUUGAGCAGAAUUCAAAUGAUCAGGGCCAGCUGAUUUUUCUUCUAUAUAACUGGCCCUGCAUAACAUUGGUCAGAUUUUGUAACUUAUGCUGUUUUAAACUACAUUUUUUCAGUGCUGUCUUGGAAUGGAAUUUCACAAUCCUAAUGUUGCAGCAGAGAUGGCUCAAAUUCUAAAAGACUACCAGUCCAACUAUGUCCCAUGCUUUGUGUCAGACAAGAAGAAGGAGGUUGUUGCAACUGUAACUGUUCAUGGUGAUCAGUUAUUUGAAGACAGAGCGAGGAAUGUCGAAUGGACAUUUCGAGAUGGGCAUAACAGCUAUGAAAGACUGGAAGGAGUUCCUCCAGAACAUGCAGAUUGGCAUGCAAAGGUUACUCUUUUCAAGGUGAACCCCUUCCCUUGAUAAUUUUUUGAUAUUUUGAAAUAUAUCCCAAAAGGUUAAACCAGACACCAGCCAUUAUCAAAACAGCACAUGGUCAAUAACAAUAAUGAUUAUAAUAUAUAUUAAUUUUUUUUCAUAGACUGAAUUUGACAUGUUUGUGAAAGCAGAAUCUGCAGCAGAAAUAGGUACAUCAAGAGCUAGUAUGAACCGUACUGGCAAAUUUAAUGCAGCAAAGGGUGUCCAGACUCAUUACAAUGAGUAUAAGGAUUCCCACUCUCGUGAGAUUGCAGCUCAUAUAUGUGCAUCAUUUAUGGUGAUGUGUGGGAUGUCCAAACUAGAAGGUAAUAUUUAA